UUAUUAUUACCUGACAAAACCGCUUUUUAUUCCAAAGAUAACUUCCACAGUUGACAGCAGUGGGGUCAAGGCCACGAGUUAAACGUGUUAACGUUACACUCGGCAUGUACCACUAAAAAACGUUUGAGCAAGCACGUCUUACAAGGCUUAUUUUAAAAGUGGACCUACAUUAAAAUCUUGAAGAUGUCUGGGGCUGUCAGACAGUGCUUUGUAACGCUGGUGCGUUUAGGAGCCAUGAAAUAUGCUAGGUUGACUGUACAUGUAAAAAAACACAGUUUAUCAAUUAAAUUACUAAGUGUUGGGACACUAAGCUCAUUCACAGCCUUCAGUUACGGGAGCUCAUCACCGGACGUGGAGAGUGCCUCUACAUGGAUGUCAGCUCCUAUAACAGAUUUGAAACAUUUGCAAGAGAAUACUGGUGAUAUGCGCUGUAAAAUGGAGUCGUUGAUCAUGAGAAUACAAGCUGAUGUUUGCCACGCAUUGGAGAAAGAGGAGCUGGAGGAAGGAGGAAAGAAAUUUCAAGUCGACAGGUGGCUCAGGGAGCAGGGAGGUGGCGGUGUGACAUGUGUGUUGCAAGAUGGAACAGUUUUUGAGAAAGCAGGUGUUAAUGUUUCUGUUGUCACUGGUUUACUUCCACCUGAUGCUGCUAUACAGAUGAGGGCAAGGGGAAAGAAGAUGCAAGGAGAGAAGUUGAAGUUUUUUGCUGCUGGAGUUAGUUCUGUCAUUCAUCCACGUAAUCCUCAUGUCCCCACAGUUCAUUUCAACUACAGAUACUUUGAAGUGGAAGAUGAGAAUGGGGAAAAACAGUGGUGGUUUGGUGGCGGUACUGACUUGACACCUUACUAUCUUGAUGAAAGUGAUGCAGUCAGUUUUCAUAAAGCUUUAAAGAAGGCAUGUGAUCCUCAUGGAAAACAUCUUUAUCCAAAAUAUAAGAAAUGGUGUGAUGACUACUUCAAUAUAACCCACAGAGGAGAGCGCCGAGGUGUUGGUGGUAUAUUUUUUGAUGAUGUUGAUGAGCCCACACCAGAGAAAUGCUUUGAGUUUGUUAAAAGCUGUGGUGAUUCUGUUGUUCCAUCCUAUGUCCCAAUAGUGCAGAAAAAUAAGAAGAAAUCAUACACCUAUGAUGAAAGGCAGUGGCAACUUUUGCGACGAGGUAGAUAUGUGGAGUUUAAUUUGAUCUAUGACAGGGGAACCAAGUUUGGUCUGUACACACCGGGAGCCAGAUAUGAAAGUAUUCUGAUGUCACUUCCUCUUACUGCUAAAUGGGAAUACAUGCAUUCUCCAGAACCUGGAUCCAGAGAAGCUAAAUUGGUUGAAGUCUUGAAACACCCUAAAGACUGGAUUUAAAUUUCUUCUAGUAAAUGUGUGAAAUCUGCUUUUUUCCCCCCUCACCUUAUCAUCUGCAUUAAUUUGAACAUUCUAUUGUACAUAAAAAAGACGACUUUAAGAUUUAAAAUAUAUUUAUGUAGAUGUACUAGCUUUAAGCUUUGUGUUGUUGAUUUUUAGAAACUAAUCUACUUCAUUAUCAGUUUAGCAUCAAGUGUUAAACGAAUCUUAGCUGUGACAUUUGAAUCUCACUGACAUACUCAAUCAAUCUAUCCCAUCAUUCAUCUGUCCACACUAUUUCAACCAAGAUCUUGAAACAUAAGACUGCCAGUAAAAAAAAAAACAAAAACAGAUCACCAUGUUGAGUCGUUAAAUUUUUGUUGUAUUGCAAAAACUAUUUACAAAAUCAAAUCCCAUGCUGAACACAUGUACCCAGUGGUAUGUGAUGUGAGGUUGUCUAGUCAUAGUGCUGUUGACUCUGUCUAUAUGUCUAGGUUAGUGACAUAUUUUUGAUCUCUUGGAUUAACCAAAUGUCUAAUAUAUUUAUUCUUGUUUAAAUCAAAUAAUUCCACUAUAAAUCUUGGUAUUGCUGUACCUUGGAUGACAUUUUGUGACUAUUUUUUUUUUUUACUUAUUUUAAAUAUAUUCUAUUUAGACUUUGUUGUUGUUGACAUUUAUUCCUAUGUACCGAUGUUGACCUUGAUAUUUUUAUGCAUGCUUUUUUUUUUUUGCACGUUUUAUUUAUUACUCAGUAGAUGAUGAUGUUUAAUGACCUUUUGCUUUUAGUGGUGAAUGUUGAUUUUAAUAUUUAAAUCAUGGCCAUAUCCAGAGAGUUUAUAGACUAAAGCCAUAAGAAAAAUUAGUCAGCCAGUUUUAUCAGGAAGCAGUCACACUAUUUAUGAUGUUCAAAUACCAGUAUAUAGUGUGUUUACAGUCUGGUAUGAACUGUUGAGAAGUAGCUCUCUUCAUGCUAAUCUGCUGGUGCACACUUAAUGCCUAUCACAAUAGUUAAGUUAAUUUAGGGCAGUUACAGAUGUUCAAGGCCCUAUGUCAAUCUUUUUAUUAGAUCUAAUUAAGGGCUGCUACAAAUGUUCAAGGCCCUGUGUCAAUCUUUUUAUUAGAUCUAAUUAAGGGCUGUAACGGAUCUUCAAGGCCCUGUGUCAAUUUUUUUAUUAGAUAUAAACAAGUUGCAAUAAAAAAAAAAAUUGGAAUUGAGAUAUGCAUUUUUUAAAAUAAUAAACCUCUGCCUUAGUUAUGUAUGUUUUGUUAUGGUGUUGUAUUAUUUAAUCUUUGGAAUCAAAGACAUUGCCAUGAUUAUUAUGUGAUAUGAGAGAAUUGUACUGUUUCCUGGUGUAUGUUAUGUAUUACAUUGUCCUGCCUUGUGUGCCUUAUUGCAUGAAUCAAAUGUUGCUCUUGUUGCUGACUCUUGUAUUUCAUACCUAUUAUAAUGUUGUUCAUACUUGUAUGAAUAGUCAUUAGUUCCUAAAACCAUGAAAUGAAUCAUCAAAUAAAAUAGACCAAAAGAAA